CCAGAUACCCUUGCGGAGAAAGUAAGAGUCUAUCCGACUUCCAUCAGACCGCAAAAAAGGGCAAGCUUUGCCACGCGAUCCGCCGAUAAGACCCAUCACAUUUGCCUGCAUCCCAUUGGCCUAACCAACCCCUCAUGCCCGAAUAAUUGGCCCAGACGACUCCAGCGCACGCAGGACCCACAGCUCUGCAGACGAUAAGAGAUGCGAUAGUGUAAUCCCGUAGAAAAAAAAAAGGCCGGGUCAAAUUUUCGACCAGAAUUGGGAUCCAACGUGAAUUCCCGGUAGACCGAUCUGGUGCCCACACGCACGCAACAAUCCACCGCAAAGAUGCCCUUAUUACAGCCUCUGGGGCAGGCAAUACCCUUAGAACCAGCAGCAGUGACCAAAUCCACUGUCGCAGACGUCACUGCCGCCAAAGCAAAGGCGUGGAUCCACCCCCAUCUCGAGCAAGGGGUCGACCCCUACAAGGGCCGGCAGCUGCGGGCGGCCCAGCCCAUCCCGCAGGGCGAGGUGGUGCUGGUCGACACGCCCUACGCGGUGAUCCCCGCGGUCGAUGACCCCCGGACGAGCGAUGCGCUGCUGUGCAGUCACCCCCCGUGCAGUCGACGGAUGUCGUGCCGGGCGGACCGCAUUGCCUGUCCGCAGGGCUGUCUGGGCGAUGUGAUGUGGUGCAGUACCGCCUGUCAAGCGGCGGACCACGCCCGGCACGCGUUCGAGUGCACCUGGCUCAAGCGGUUCGCGGCCUCCAUCCGCGAGAAGCGGGGCGAGUAUGAGUUCGGGAUGCUGUGGUUGAUUGUGCGGAUUCUCGCGGCGCGACAGGUUGAACUGUCCGCUGAGGGUGGGGAGUCGACGACGCCGGAUGAUCCGGCUGAUGAUGGCCGGGGGUUCGCUGAAGGCUGGCAGGCCAUGCGGUCGUUUUGCGGAUCGGAGGACUCGUGGUCGCAUGCGCAGGUGCGCGCGUGGACGGCGCUCGUCAAGAAGUACCUGCGCCAUGGGCCGGUGCUGCCGCACCCCCUGCCGGACAGGGAGGUGCUCAAGCUCAUCUGUCAGGAAGAGGCCAACUCGUUCGGGCUGUACCCGCGCGAGACGGGGCUGUAUCCCGUGCCCCCGGAUGCCCUCGACCGGGGCGAGCAGUUCGGCGCGGCGGUGUAUCCUCGUGCGGCCAUCGCAAAUCACUCCUGCGGACCGAAUAUGACGCAUAAGCCCGACCAGCACGGCCGUAUGAUCUUCACGGCGGCCAAGGACAUCGCCGCUGGGGAAGAAUGCUGUAUCUCGUAUUUCGACCUGACACAAUUCACGGACCUCCAGACUCGACGCGAGCGUCUGCAGACGCUGUUUCGAUUUGUGUGUCGGUGUUCAAGGUGUGAGAGUGAGGAGCCUCCGGUCGAGGAGGCUGAAUGGCUCGCAAUGCAAGAUCAGUCUCGUAUGGAAUCGACAGCGACAAAAACCCCCGAUACGGUGGUCGAGGAGGCCCGCGUGCUCUCCGCGGGGUCGCAGCAUCUGCACCGCAAGCUGCGGGGCAGAGAGGUGCAGCUUCUCGCGGUCGGCGGCGCCAUCGGGACCUCGCUGUUCGUGCAGAUGGGCGCUGUACUGCCGAAAGGGGGACCAGCCGGGCUGCUUCUGGGAUUUGCGGCAUAUGGCACCAUCAUUCUCGCGGUGAACCAAUGUUUUGCGGAAAUGGUGUGUUAUCUGCCCAUACCGUCGCCGUUUGUUCAGCUGGCCGGUCACUGGGUCGACGAUGCCCUAGGCUUUGCCAUGGGGUGGAACUUCUUCCUCACGAUGGCUCUUGGAAUCCCGUACGAGAUUGUCGCAAUCAAUGUACUGCUCACGUAUUGGACGGAUCGCAUCCCGGUGGCGGCCGUCGUUGUCAUUGUCAUGGUGAUAUAUGGCAUCCUCAACAUUUUGACUGUCCGAUACUUCGGGGUGGCCGAGUUCUACCUCUCUAUCUGCAAGAUCAUCCUGAUGAUAGGGCUGAUCGGCUACACUUUCGUAACGAUGGUCGGAGGGAACCCUCAUCACGAUGCAUAUGGCUUCCGCUACUGGAAGGACCCAGGCGCCUUCGUCUCGUACCUCGCUGCAGGAAAUACCGGUCGCUUUUGUGGUGUCCUCGCAUGCAUGAUCCAGGCGUCGUUCACCAUGGUCGGGCCAGAAUACAUCUCCAUGACGGCCGCAGAAGCGGAGCGACCACGGGUCAUCAUGCACCGAGCCUUCACCUCCUUCGUCUGGCGCCUGAUGGUCUUCUUCAUCGCCGGCGCCUUAUGCAUGGGGAUCGUGCUGCCGUACAAUGACCCGACGCUCGCCGCCACGAUCGCAGGCACACGCAAGGGAAGCGGCACCGGCGCAGCAUCCCCCUACGUAAUCUCCAUGAACAACCUCUCGAUCCCCGUCCUCCCGCACCUGGUCAACCUCCUAAUCCUAACCUCCGUCCUCUCCGCCGGCAACAACCUAGUCUACUCGGCCUCACGCACCCUCCACGGGCUGGCCCUGACCCGCAAAGCCCCGGCCAUUCUGGGGCGAUGCACGACCCGCGGCCUCCCGAUCUACGCGAUCGCCCUAACCAUGGCGUUCUGCUGCCUCGCCUUCCUCCAGGUGCAACACGCCUCCGCGACCGUCCUGAACUGGCUGGUCAGCGUGAUCACUGCCUCAUACCUCCUCAACUAUUUCGGGACGUGCGUCACGUAUCUGCACUUCUACGCGGCGCUGCAAGCGCAGGGUGUCGAUCGGACGACACUCCCGUUUCGCGGGUAUCUGCAGCCGUAUGCGGGGUGGUUUGCGGUGUGCGGGACCGGGGUGAUGGUGUUGGUGCUGGGCUGGGAGGUUUUCUUGCAUGGGAGGUGGAGCAUUGAGACGUUUGUGCUGGAUUAUGCCAUGAUUGCGGUGUUUGUGGUGCUGGGGGUGGGGUGGAAGGUUUCCCGGAGGACGGGGUGGGUGCGGCCGGAGAGGGCGGAUUUGGGGGUCGGCGGGUUGCGGGCGGAGGUGGAUGAGUAUGAGCGGGUGCUUGGGGAUGGAUGCAUCGCAUCAAAAAGAAGGGGGGCUGGAGGUGGUGGGUGGUCGAUCGGUGGUUUGAGUAGAUGGUUUGCCUGGUUGAGAUGAUGCGUAUGAUCGCGGGAAUGGGUGCGCAGGUGUAAUAGAGGGGUGUUUGGAACAUCGGUGAGUGUAGAUCAAGUAGUACAGUUUGGAUGUGAUACGAAAAGCCGUCUUGGCUGAUUCUUCCCUGUCAAACAUCCUAAC